AUGCUGCCAUUCACAGAGGUCCUCCGGCGAUGGCGAUGGCGUGUAUCUUGUGUAUGCAGAUGCAGCAUAUCCUGCAACAACAGCGCCAACGUGCCAUGCAAAAUUGAUGGCUGCGGAGGGCUUAAGUUGCUGCUUUAUGGGCGACAUCGGAGCAGGACAUUGCGGGGGCUUCCGACACGGGACCUGUUUUCAGCAUGCAGGACCAAUUUGAAUGCCAGAAAUCAAUCUUGCGACUCUUUAAUCAAUUGAUUAAGAUAAGUUUGAUUUUCCUUUUGCCUUACUUCUCCGAAAGUUCCCGAAAAUAAAGCUAUGAAAACACAAAAAUCAGC